CGCUGGGAGGCCGUCCCGCCCGGCCCGGCCAGCGGACAGCCGGGCACACCGGCAUUCGCGGAAGUGCAGCGCGCUGGCUGUGAGCCCGCCGCCGCUGAGGCCGUCCCUGCAGCGUGCAACAUGGCGCUGGUGCCCUGCCAGGUGCUGCGCGCCGCCAUCCUCCUGUCCUAUUGCUCCAUCCUGUGCAAUUACAAGGCCAUUGAUAUGCCCGCGCAUCAGACCUAUGGAGGCAGCUGGAAAUUUCUGACCUUCAUAGACCUGGUUAUCCAGGCUGUCUUCUUUGGGAUCUGUGUAUUGACCGACCUUUCAAGUCUUCUCACUAAAGGAAAUGACAGUCAAGAGCAAGAAAGGCAGCUGAAAAAACUCAUUUCCCUCCGUGACUGGAUGAUGGCUGUUCUGGCUUUCCCCAUUGGAGUGUUUGUUGUGACGAUGUUUUGGAGCAUCUAUAUCUAUGACAGGGAACUGGUUUACCCAAAGCUGCUUGAUAAUUUCAUACCAGCAUGGCUAAAUCAUGGAAUGACCUGUGAUCUACUUGGUUGAAGCUUGGCAGACAGCAUUUCCUUCAAUUGAAGACAUAUGCACUAACUCAGAGACCAGAUUUUUACCUAUUUAUCAUUGUUGGAAAGUGGGUUAUUUCACAUGGACACAAUACCAGAAGAAUCAGCAGACCUGGUGAAAGGAGUCUGAGCCCAAUAGCUUUUAUGCUUUUUCCAGCCCUUGAAGUUGGUGAAAUAAAAGAUGUUACUUUUCCCUCCAUCCCGAGACUGCUAGCACUAUAGGAAUGCUAAUAUGAGGAACUAUUUUGAUAAUGUUUUUGUAAGAAAUUACCACUUUUUAAAAGUAAUGUUUCUUUGUUAAUUGCUGUUUUUUUACAUGUAUUUGUAUCUGGAAAGAGACAGCAUUUCUGCAGAAACCAUUUCAUAUUCAGAUGAUUAAUAUGUUGAAGCAGUGCCACAACAGUAAUGUUUUAUGCAUGUUGAUCUGCAGAAAUCAAGGAUUUUGGCAUGACCUUGGGAAUUCCUUUUUCUCUUGGUGGGCUAUGAGUGUUGUAUAUAACCCGAGGUCUGCCCUGCUGUGCAGUCCCAUCUCCAUAUUUUUACUUUCCUGCAUAGAUACAGAUAAGUAAAUUCUGCAUUUUUAGUAACUCUCCAAAUACAAGAGAUUCAAAUUGUGGAUGUAGCAUGAGGGAUGUUUUUGACAGAUGUGUAAGCCACUUUAGUGCCUUUAGUGACACAAGUCUAUAAUUAUCCAUUUUAUCUUUGGAUAUUUACUUAAGUCACAAAAGCCCAAGUCUGGUGCCCCACCCAGCAAAAAGAAUCAUUUUUCGUAGGUGUCAUUUCUUAGAGAGACCAUAAGGACUAGGAAGGUGACUCUGUUCCUCCCUCUAACACCAUAGUUCACUCAGCAUGGAAAGCUCAAGGCGUGGAAAAGGAGCACUGCCUGUGGAGGUGCUUCAGUGGCGGAAGGCCAACCAGCAUCCAGCCUGUCCUAUUACAUCUGCGUUGCAGUAGUAUCUGGUAUCCUUUAACUCUUCAGAACUUUCUUGCUCUUCAAAACAAUUAACACUGCAUAUCUGAAGUGCUGUUUAAACUCCAUUUUUAAAUUUCAGUUUUAUUCUUAGUUCUGCCACUAUUUUACCGAAUAAUCUCAUAGCAAUUAGGUAGUGUUUGAUCAAAAUCAGUUUUUAUGUGUCUUCAUUAGCGAACGUCUGCAUUUUGUGGGGCUCCAUAAUGAUAGUUAACAAACAGUGCUGGCUGUUAGGGCAUUUAUAACACUGUGUUGAUUCUGUUCACAAAGUGUCCCAAGCAGGGCACUUCCUGUGCCAGCCGAGAAUGUCCACACCUGCUCUUCACCCUGCUGGAGGCCUGCAGGUAUUUCCCUUUUGCAUACCUCAGUGUCCAGUGCCUUCAAGUCCAAUGAAAGAGGUGAAUGGCCUUUGUACGGGUUAAUUUGAGAUUCAUGGGUAAGAAUGAAGUUCCUGAAGUUCACACAGCUUAGAGCUAGAAGCUAGUGUUGUUGUAGAAGAGAAGUGACCUCUGCUUCAAAUAGUAACAUUACCUAAGGUUUUAUACUAAAUUUUGUGCUACUGGUAUCUCAUAAAAUACCAUAGGCUGACAUGGUGCAUGGUAUAGAAAGUUCAAAUAUGCCUGGAAAGGAAAUCUUUCCUUAUCAAAAAUGGCUCUAGUAUUCAAAUCACAUCCUUAAGUUUGUUUCCCACAGGAAGAAAUUUUAUUUCCAUCUUGGGGCUUUUAGCUUUUUAUUCUGUUAUUUUGAGCUUUAUCAGCUUUCUAUAAACCCUAUAUGCAGAGUUCCAAUCUGCUGAGUCACUACCAUGCACAUUUUUGUGGCUUCUUUUGCAAAUAGAGUAAUGUAUUUGUAAUGUAGAUAAAUGUUAUGAGCUAUUUAUGGGAGAGAUUAAAUGUGUAUGUUGGUCUACUGAACUUUGUACUUUAAGCCACUUUUUAAAACGAAGAAGUGGGAGGAAGUAAUUUCAUUUUCUAAAAAGGAAAUAUCCAUUAAAAAUGUGUUUUAACUAGUACACAGACUUACUGAUGUUCCCCUUAACAAACAAACGUGCAUUGGCUGCAAGUUGUUAAAAAAUACGUAUGGCUGAAAAUAAUUCUAAAAGGUGAAUAUAUGUAUUUUUGGAUCAGAGACUAAGAUGGAUGGCAUUUUGAUCUUUGCUCCUGAGGCAGGGGAAUGAAAAAUGAAAAAUAAGAGGGAAUUAGAAGGAGAAAGAAAUGCAUGUCUCAGAAGCUAAGAGAAAAAGAGGUCGUUUUAGAGAUUGUUAAGAGGAAAAGAUAGAAAGUGAGCAAAGUAGAGGAAACCAAAUAUUAAAAUAAAGAGGUAAUGAUAAUAGGCAGUAGUCAGCUGGAGAGAGCCAUAGAAUGCGGAGGUGAUAAUUGUGUGUAUUGUACAUCACUGAGAAAAAGCUUGAAAGAGAAGUUUAAAGUGCCCAGCAUAUAUUGAAAAUGUGACCUGUCGUUUAUUCCAAACCAAUGUGUAGAAAUUUGGCUUUGUUUGGUUUCCUGUCACCACUAUGCAGGAUCAUUGUUUGCAGAGCCAUUUUCUUUGUUCCAUUUUCUUGUGUACACAGGGCUCUGUACACUCACUGCCUCCCCCAUCCCCAAAUUCUGGUUCUCCCGGCUCCUUACCCUGCACUCUGCUGCUGUGCCUCCCACAGCGGCAUUCUCCAUGCCAUCAGUUUACUAAGAUAGCGGGGUGUUAAUCUAGAAGGCUGCUAUUAGUGUAAUAAUAACAACUCUACCAUUUUAAGGAACAUCACAAUUAUCUUUAAGGUGAGCACUGUUGAUAGAAAUAAGAGAUGUUUUUUCCUCAAAUUUCUUGCAGUCUAAAUGAGUAAGGCAGGUAAGGACUGGGAGAAAUGAGUUGUGUUCUAGAGAAGAAGCUAAAACACAGAAUUUGUUGUUUUCCUGAGGUUAUAGAAUUUUGCUAGAGAUGGAACUGCAAAGUAAAUCUGAAUUUACUUCAUUAACCUCAUGCUUUUAUUAAGGACUGACGCUUUCUCUCCAAACAAGGCAGGGAAGACAAAUUCGUAGUGAGUGAAAGUGCACUUGCUUGGGAUUCAAGCUCUAUUGAAAGGAAGAAGUGACUCGCUCUUUGAGCAGAGAGAUGUUCUCUGACUCUCACUUCACUUAGUUACAAUAGGAAUUUUAUUAUUUAAUGUUUGUUUGUAUCACAGAAGGCACAGGUUCAUCUGACAAACUGUUUGAGGGUUUAUGUUUUCUUUUAGUAUAGCAACUGCUGUCAACUUGUUCCAAAUAAUUUACUUGGGCAUACCUUUUUAUCAGGCGAAAAAUCCCUUAGUUUUCCAUUCCUUCUCUGAUGACUGUUGAUUUGAGACGAAAGGCUCUGACAUGUAAACAAAAGAAUGAUUUAAGAAGGAUGAACUUGGAAAUUCAAAAAAAUGUUGAAGGAAAAAAGGCCCUCCUUGUCUGCCCUGUUGUUUAGACUUGAUUAUUCUGUUGCUCUCCAGAGGGUUGUUACUAUUAGUAAAAAUUAAGAAAAUUGAAGAGUUUUGCUUUUAAAUUUCUUUAAGAUCUUCCAAAAGCCUCUUACUGGAGCCAAGGCUAUUUUGAAAGCCUUUAUGCAAUUGCAGGUACAUGACAGGGGAAUCAGAAAUAAAAAUAUCCUUAAGACAAAAAAGGUAACUUGUACAAAAGAGUAUCACUGACAGUAUAGUAUAACAAGUGGCUAUGAAGAGAUGUAUUUUGAUUAUUUUGAAUGAGGAGAAGUGUUUACUAGACAAAAAUUGCACUAAAUGUGCAGUGGCAUGAGGUAGAGGCUUGCAUCCACUUUGGGAAGUACCUUUCUUCAGGCGAGAAUUCAGUGUUUACUAGCCCUGUCUCCAUCUGAACUCUACAGCUUAACUGGCAAUAAUACAAAUAUUCACAGCUGUAUAAAAAAUGUUAUUUAGUUCACAACAGUAGCCAUGGUUACCUGCAUAUUUUCAUUGCCUUAUUCAUGUGCAAUUUUUUUUUUUUUUCUGGAAAUAACAUUACCAUGUAAUAUAAUACUGUACAGCCUCUUGGUAAGUUUUGUAGUGUUAAGAAGAACAUUUUGCAGUGAACCUGAAGGCAAAUUAUAUCAAAUUGGUUUGUACCUGGGAAAUCCCACCUAUACACUGUCAGGCAAAGAAAGGAGAGUCUGAACAUGCAAAUGACAUCGUGACUGUCAUUUGAAAAUAUAAAUAGGAAUAUGUAAAUUUUUUUGCAUUCAAAAGUCUGUGGAAAUAUUUUUACCACAGAGCAUUUAAAUAGAACUAGUCCCUGCUCAGCCCCUCACAGAUGACAUAGAUGAGGCCAUUACUGUCAGUACAAGCUAGAACAGCAAAUGAUUCUCAUUUACUCUUGAAGGAAAUGUGAGUCCAGCAACCCUGCAGUGUCAGAAGGGUAGAAAAUCAGUAGAGCUUCAUGCUUCUCUCUUCUUCUUCCCUUUGUCUCUAUCGCUCUGCAUGCAGUGCAGAUGUGAUGCACAUGAUAAUCUAGUGUUUUCGCUGCAUUUGUGGAAACCAGUCCCUUCAGCAUUACUGCAGCAGAACUGCCAACCAUAUUUUAACCUUUGCAAAGAAAAGAAAAUAAUACUUAAUCUUUCAGAUAUCUGUGAUCACUUUGCAAACAAAUGGAUUAAACUUUACAAGAGUAUGGCAGACGGUUUACUUAGGCUUUUUUUUUUGUAUAUAUUGAGAAGGUGUGACAUUCAUUCUGAAGAAAUACAUCACAUGUAUCAGCUUAGAAUAACAACUAAAGGAAUGAAGGAUAUCUGCUUCUUUAAUCUUGCUAAUUUGUCUAAACUCUAACAAAUAAGGUUCUUUAUUGCUGUCGUAAAGAAAACUUACUGGAUUAAAUAUAUAAACUGUAUUUAGAGGUCUCUUUCCUUGGCAUUUUCAUAUGAACAGUGAAAUUUGGGAAUAUUAUAGGUUAUUGCAUAGAGAACCAAAGAAAAUGUAACUUAGUUUUCUAAAAUGAUGGUGAAAAAUUACAAGUGUAACCUUGUGAAACCUUGUUGAAAGCAUGAUAGAGUUUUAAUAUACUAUCCAGACCUGUUUUCAGUGCAUCUCCCAAGGCAAGAAGGAAGAUGGCAUUAAGAUGGAAAUUUCUGCAGUGAAGCCGGCUGUUACCACAGUCUGGCUUCUGUUACUGCCAUAGAGCUGCCAGCUUGGGGUUAUUUAUAGGCAUUAGCCUAUAUCUAUCCAUGCACGUACACCUACUUCUCCCUCAGAAGGAGUGGUGUUUCUGAAGAAGUUAGCCCACAACUUCCAUCUCUUUUAUUCUUUCAGAGGCUAGUAUCUUUAGCUGUCCUCAAUACCAGUUAGUAGGAAUUUGGUAGGCGCCCCCUCCCUGCCUGAGCUUUGCUUCAGAGGACUUCCAUUGGGCUAUGGGCUGGAAGGCUCCACUGUACAGUUUUCGAAAUGUUCAAAGAUAAUUUCUUACACUGCAGGACUUCCUCCAUUAUCUUACGAUUUUCUGUUUUUUUCCUCCUUUUCCUAAGUGGGAAUGGUAUACAAGACUUUAAAAAUUACAUUCUGUUCCAUAAUCUCAAAGCAAUUGGUCAAAUAAAAUAAAAUAAAAUAAAAAGGUAUUACUUUUUCAGCAAUCACAGGAAAACCUUUGCUUUUCUUCUGGCUGUGACAAAGAUUUUUGGCGCUGUGCAUGAUUUGUAGUAGAAAUAAGAACUGUUCUGUUUCAUUUUCCUGAGUAUCUGGUGAUGAAUGCAGAGCAAUAAACCCCUUCCCCAGAAGCCAGCACUUGCUUGAGGCAGGAGCUGUUGUUUAGGUUUGCUGCACCACGUUACAGCUUGUGCGUUCUGCAGCCUAUCUACACCCAUUUAUAAAUGAGAUAUAAGCCAGCCAAGUGCAGUCUUUCUGUGUCCUUCACUACAUCACCUUUCUCCAUGACAUAAAUCCCAAAAUGAGGUACCCCUCCCAGCACUAUCGCGGCGGGAGCUUGCUUCCUGCCAUGGCAGCAGCAGCAGCAGAAAGCCUCAAGCUGCAGUCUUCUGUAGCUCAGCUUUCUGGUGCAGACAUUGCCUGAUACAUAUCAAGUGCCUUUGAUUCACAGGCAACUGGACCUGUUAUUAAAAAGUAAGUAAAUAAAAAUAUAGAAUAACUGGCAUAUUAGCAGCAAUGGCCUCAAAAACUAAACUGAGAAAGCAAGCAUGCAGUUGAAAAAUGUGCAUAUACAUAUAUGUAUCUUUUUUGCUCAUGCAGUAUUUCAAUCCUUGAAGUUUUGAAGCAGUGUGCUCAGUUUCCAAUACUACUAUUCUUCCCAUGACAGCAAAUUAUGUCUUUGCAAAAACCAGAAGUUGCUGUAAGCUGUCAGUAACCACAGAGCAGUCAGGCUCACAGAAUGGAGUUUGAGUUUUAGCCGGAACUUCCGCUGCUCAUAGAUACUUAAGCUUGCCUAAACAGAAGAGAUGUCACACUUAAAUUAUUUUCAGCUUUUGACCUUUUACGUUCUGAGCUUCCAAUCAGUAAAACAUGAGGUUCCCUUAUUAUUUAUUUCAUAGGACAGGUCAAGGUGAAAUGUCAAUGUGAAGAGGAAGGGAAAAUAAAGUUCCUCAUACAGCAUUA